AUGGUUGAGAAACGUGAAGAGCUUGAUGACUGUGCCCUGAAGGAAAGACUUUUAGAACACAGCCAUUAUUUCGAAAGUCUGCUGAGGGCAGUAUCCGAACGUUUUUUAAAAGAAGGUGUAAGUUUAGGAGGGGGACUGAACAAAUUUCUAUUAACUCAAGAAGAGAAAGUAUUUUUAAAUAACAAAAAGGAGGCUCUCAAGCGAAGAUUGCUUGAGAAGUUGGAUCCUUCCCGUAAAGUGUUGCAAUUUGUCAAAGAAAAUAAAAAUUCUUCGACAGUUAAUAAAGAAACUUCUGGGUCAAAACUUGGAGCUGAAUUAGAAAGUGACGGCCCCUGUACUUCUUCCAACAAAAAACCCGAAUCAUAUCCUUUAGGCAAAGCAAAUUCAAUACCUGAAUUACGUGAGCGGUUUUUAGCAAAGUUACAAGAAGUUAAGGCUAAAAAGAAUUAUAAAAAGGACGCACAAAAAGGGAGAUCCGAAAAAAAAAGAAAUAGAAAAACUGCGGCGCUAGGAAACCUAAAAUUAGCGCUUGCGGAUAACAGGGAAGAAGCUGACAGGGUCAAAAAGUCUUUUAAAGUUAAAGCUAGGGAAGAGGCGGGAAAAAAUCACAAGGACAAAAAAGAAACGAACGAAGGGGGUUGUAGUUUAGAAAAUAUUACUUUUAACAAGUUUGAAUUUGGUGGUGAAGAUGAAAACACAACAAAAAAGAGGAAAAAUUUAAUUCAGGAUUUAAGCAAAGCUGAGGCGAAAAGGAAUGAUCUUUUGAAACUCGCUUUGACCGACCUUAAGAAGUUUGCCAACGCUGAGGAAAAGUUAAAAAAAAGGAAAGCCCUCGAGAUGGCGCAGGGAGUUAAACAACGCGACGACAUUAAACUUUUGAAGCGAAGCAUCCGACGCAAAAACACCCAGAAGAGGAGAAGCGCAAGGGAGUGGGCCGCGCGGAGGGAGGAAGAGGCAGCGCAAAAGAUGCGGAGAGUCAAAAAACGCGAGCAGAACAUAAGAAACCGAGUCGAGGCGAAAAGGCAGAGGCGCAUAGCUAGAAGGCAGAAGAAGCGCGCUGGUUAAUUGGUCGAAAAUGAAACGCGUAUCCGAGGGUUCAGUAAACAAAUAGAAAGAAGCUGC